CUAAGAAGUAAGAGGCGGAGCUGAGUAAGAGUGAGCGAUGAGUAAGAAAUUGCAACUCCUUCUAGGGUCAGUCCUUGCUGUAGCUCUCGCCAUUUAUGUUUAUCCUACCCAGAAGGGCCAACACUAUCGUAUCUUCAAUCUUAUGGAGCAGAGGCCGGAAACCUUGAGCGCCAAGCCUAAGCAAAACUACAGUUUCUUUUAUCUUGUGCAGCAGUGGCCAAAAACCUUCUGCCUUAAUAAUACAGAUUGUCCAGGUAAUAUCCCCAAUUACUUCACCAUCCAUGGGCUCUGGCCCCAGCCCAAAAAUGCAAGAGAAGGUUUUCUGAUCGACUGCUGUAAAACUUACCGGUAUUCCGACUGUGAAUUUAAGCCGAUUCAAGACAAGUGUUUCCUCUGUGAAUUAGAGAAGGCGUGGCCAAGUCUAAACAAGUCGCGAAACAAUGAAUCCUUUUGGAGAUACCAAUGGGAGAAGCACGGCACGUGCUCUUUGCCUAAUGUUAGCCAAGACCAUUACUUCCAAAGGGCCGUCUCUCUCUACGAUCAAUACAAUCUCAGUGAAAUUAUUCUACGUCACACAGGAAUUCCAAACGAUAACAAUUCUUAUGCAAUCGCCAAAAUCACAAAAGACAUCAAGAACGCAACAAGAGUGAAAGCGCUCAUCACAUGUGGUGGUUCAAAAAAUAUUCCAGAUGAUUAUCUCCAUGAAAUUACACUCUGUGUAAAUGGCGAUGCGAAAAAGUUUCGGAAGUGUCCAGCUCGUCGUAAUAAAUGUAAAUUCGACCAUGUGAUUAUCCCAAGAUAGGCCUUUGGUUAAAUAUAAGAUGUACUUUAUUUUUAUUUUUAUUAAAUUUUGUUUUAGAUAUUUGGUCUGUCCGGGAAAAAAUGGUUAAUGAACUA